GUAUGAAGAUGAUGGCAUGUCGACUGCUGAUGUUCGUUUUCUCUCUGGCUCAAGGUAACCAAGCAGGCCAACCGUUCAUCGUGACCCAGUCCCCAGAUGUGGAGGUGGCCUUUGGGAGCUCUGCAAGGCUGCAGUGUAACAUAGCAGAGCUCUUCUCCAGUUGUUCGCACGUGGACUGGCUGAAGCUGGACCCACGGAAGCCCAUGGUCCUCCAUGUCACUGACAGAGUCAAAAUGGUUAACCCAAAUGAUAUAAACAAUAUUGUUUUUAACAGUGUUUGUUGGGCGACCAUCCCAGAGGUUACAGUCCAGGAUUCGGGCAUGUAUUACUGUGUGCUGUCCCACGGGCAGUUUGCAUACGUUGGCAAUGGAACACGGCUCACGGUUACAGAGCCGAACAGUGUUCCGCCAGCUCCCUCCAUUGAAAUCAUCCCGCCGAUGGCCUACGCCUCCACGGUACCACUCCUGUGUCUGGUGUCCGGUGUCAUCCCUUCCCAGGCCCGUGUCUCCUGGUUGAUCAACGGAACCGUGGAGAAUGGAUGGACAGAGUCUGCCCUUGAGGAGGAUGACGACCCACUGAAAAGGCUCACCCAGAACCAGAUCCUGGUUCCGGCUGAGGAGUGGGAGAAGGGCAUACCGUGUUCCUGCGUGGUGGAGUUUGCGGGGAAGAGCUUCUCCAAAACACUGCAGCACGAUGACCAGUGCUUUGCUGUAUUUUGCAUUUACACGGUCGCCUGGGUAACGUCCAGUAUCAUACUUUUGCUCUUGGUUGGAACAACAGCAGUCUGCCUCUGCAAAAAUCCACCAUUGUUUGUUUGAGGUAAGAUUUAACUAUAUUUAACAAAAGGUAAACUUACAUAUCUGUCUUUGUUUUACAUAUCUGCCUUUUGUUUCUUUUAUCAAAG